AUGAAGGUCAAAUCCAAGUCUUCUUAUCAUAGAUCUGAGAACACCUACAGGUUUCUCACUUUUGCCGAGAGACUUUCAAAUGUCAACAUUAACGUCAUUCACCGGAUUGACCGAACUGGAUCCUAUGCAGAGGAAGUCGAAACUUAUUUCUAUGAAGGCCUGACAAAAUGGAGAGACCUCAACUUGACGGAAAACUUCACGACAUUUGUGAAGGAGGUCUCCAACAAGUGUCAAUCAUUCAACAUGCUAGUUUUCCAUCAAAAGUCCAUCGUGGAGAGUCUGAAAACACACUUGGCGGACGAGAGCAGUCUAGCUUACCAACCCCUUCUGGACCUGGUGGUGCAGUUGGCCCGAGACCUGCAGACUGACUUCUACCCUCACUUCUCUGACUUUUUCACGCUUAUCACCUCCAUGCUGGACACUAAGGACACAGAGGUGCUAGAGUGGGCUUUCACGUGCCUUUCCUACUUGUAUAAGUAUCUAUGGCGGCUCAUGGUGAAAGACAUGGACAACAUUUACAACUUGUACAGCACACUUUUAGAACACAAAAAGGAACACAUCCGAAGGUUUGCAGCUGAAAGCUUUGCGUUUUUGAUGAGAAAGGUUCCGGAUCUGGAUGCACUACUGUCUCUUGUGUUUUCCGAUCUGCAACAGCACCCCGAUAAGGCGGAAGGAAUCGGGCAGCUGAUUUUUGAGAUGUGUAAAGGAGUCAGGCACAUGUUUCACUCAUGUGCUGCGACUGCUCUGCCUACAGUUCUGCGGAAGAUUGGACCGAUAACCAACCCCGGAGCCAUUUUGCCAUUCGACCUGGUGCGGGAUGCUUUAGAUCACACUGCCCAGGCCGCGACCAGUCAUGUGGAAAAAGAACACUUUUUAGUUUUUUGGGAGUCCAUACUGGCUAGCGUUACCGAGGUGUUCACUUUUCUGGAGUCCAAUGAAAAAGAGUCUGUACCUGCAGGGGAGCAGCUUGAAAGGCUUUUGUUUGUCCUCCACACUUUGGUGUCGUACAAAAACGGCGUGAAAAUCACAAAGCCUGAGACUGUCUGCCAGACCGUGUUGCGCCUCAUUCAAAGCUCGACGCUUCCCAACUCCUGUUCGCGACUGCUCCUUCAAAUCAUCUCCUCUCUGCUCCUCGGAGAGAACGUCAAACUUCCAAACACGCUCAUCCAGGAAAUAGUCCAGAAGGUGUUUAGCAGCUCUGUGGGAGAAGAUCUUAUCCUUGAGUUUACUAAAGAGAUGUUCACAAUGAAGCAGUUUGAGCAGCUCUUCUUACCAACCCUCCUUCGCUUCACCGCCGGCUUGUUCGCAUGCGGCGACCCCGUGUCCCGCCAGUGCGCCUUGGAGGUUCUCGUCAACCUCAUCCUAGCUAAAGCCCCGCCUCCGACCGACGGCGCCAUGGCUUUGGAAACCUACCCGCUGCUCUUUACGGGACAAACCACCGGUAAUAAAGGAGAAGCAGAACAAAGAGCAGUGCCGGAGCUUGUUUUGUCUCUUACUACAAUUCCUGAGCAACAGAACGAGCCCAUCGCAGACUUGUCGCUUCCUUGGAGCGCGCUGGUGCUUCUACCACACCUCAGGCCUCAAGUUCCAGCUAACGUCAUCCCCAUUGUGACGUCCUUUUUCAACCAUCUUCUAUGUGAAAUUGAGAAGGAAAAAUUGGGAAAAGCUGGUUUGUUUGUCGCCACGCAAGCCCUCAGCUGUCUCCUGACUUUGGACGGUUCUGCCCAGCUCUACUCGCUAGUCCCUGUAGACAAAAUCAUCAACGUUUUAAGGAAAUUCCCUACAGAUUUAUCGGCCCUACUUUUAGGAGACCUCUACUACACCCGCCUGUCCUUAAACGGCGCUUCCGAGCACUUAUCGCAUGACGCGCUUGUGGAUAUUUACCAAAUCCUGCACGCUAACCUGUCUUCCAACAUAUCCAAGAUGCGCCUGCUGACUUUGAGGAUCCUUUCGCACUUUGAACCAAAACUUCCUUUGCCGAAGUCCGACGAGAACAUGGAGACGCAGCCUGUUUUUGCAGUGUGCCUGCAAGCUGAGCUGGUGCCCGCCACGGUUCAGAACUACAGAGAAAAACUGCUACACUUGCGCAAGCUACGCUACGACUUGGUGCAGAACUGCUUGCCGCAGCAUGGCGCCUUUCAUGAGGUGGCGCUUCGUUACCUCCUAGCAAUGCUGUUUGUCAACUUUAAGCUACUGUGGGAUGUUGUGAUUGAACUACUUGGGAGCCACGCAAGGGAGAUGGACAACAAAGAAUUCUGGGUUGUGUAUUAUGAACAUCUGGAGAAGGUGGCAGGAUUAGUAGAAAAUGAGCUACACGAGGACAACGACGACGAUUGCGACGACGUCCGCGUCGAGCCAGGGUGCGACGUCGUAGAAAGCGGCGACGUCGGGUCGCUGUUCCUAAAUCGACUCAAAGCGACGUCGGAUCUCGCCGAAAGGACAGACUUUUCCAACUUUCGUAGCUUGAUGUGGCGCGCCAUGGCCCGGUUUCCAGAUCGAGUCGAACCCCGUAGUCGAGAACUCAGCCCGCUGCUUCUAAGGUUUAUCCGGAAUGAGUUUUACCCAGCUGACCUGCUGGUAGCUCCGACUCAAGACUUGAGGAAAAAGAACGAUGCUGUUCAAGAUGAGGAAGAGGAGGAAGCGGAAGAUGAGGAUAAAGAAGAAGAUGAGAGCAAACCGCAGAUGAAGGGACCACCACGGAGAGCGGCAGCAAAGCAACUCAUUGCUCACCUCAACGUUUUCGCCAAAUUCGCCAACCCUCGCUCGCUCUACCUGGAGAGCAACCUGAGAGAGCUUUACAACCAACUUCUCUGCCAUCAGGACCCACAAAUCCAACAAGUGGCACUCCAGUGUAUUCUUACAUAUAAAGAUCUCUACAUCGUCCCCUACAAGGAGAAUCUGGAGAAGCUGUUAGAUGACAAGCAUUUCAAAGAAGAAAUUGUCCAUUUUAACAUCUCUGAGGAGACUGGAGUCGUGGAUGCGUCGCACAGAGAUGGACUAAUUCCAUUACUCAUGAGGAUCCUUUUCGGCCGAAUGCGCAGUAAAGGCAACAGUCGCUUCCAGAGCAAAGCUAGCGCUUCCACGCGUUCUUCCAUUAUUUUGCGUUUCCUGGCUGGAUGUCAGGAGGCGGAGCUUGGAAUGUUCAUAGAUCUUCUAUUGGAGCCUGUUUGCCACCACAGCAAAGGUUUCUGCCGGGAAGCGGUGGAACGAGCUGUCGCCGAAACAGACGCAGGCGCCGUGCUGCCGCUCGGGCGUCAGCACAGCCUUUUGAACAUCAUUAAUGUGGUUCUCCAAAAACUUGGUCAUCUUAUUGAAGGCUAUCUACCUAAAGUGCUGCAGAUUCUGCUGUGCGUCACGGCGUCUGUGUCUGCUGUGCUUGAUAUCCGGGAACAGCUGCGUCCAGGUUGCCUCAAUCCUCUAAAGAACCUCAGACGUCUUGGCAUCUUGAGGAUUCAGGACUUUUUUGACAACUUUGAGAGCUUUAGCUUUAGCCCUGAUCAGCUAGAUGGUGUUUUUAUGGCAGCUGUCUGGCCUCAGGUGCAACGCCUUCCAACUGAGAGUCCGUAUUCGCCAACUCCGCUACUGAAGCUCAUCCACGUGUGGUGCAAACAUGCCAGGUACUUCCCGCUUUUGUCCAAGCAGCGACCCGACCACCCGGAGUGUGAUAUACUCUUGAACGUCUUCGCCUUACUCUCCAAUAAAAACAUCUCCGUCGCUACCACCGCCAUGGUCAUGGACAUCGCCGAGUCCUUGGCGACCACGCAGGAUUUUGUCGCCACGGAGACAGAGGCAGAGUUGAGCGUGGGCGGCAGUGUGUUCCCGCAGCCUGUGGAAAGCACACUCGAUGCAGAAUCAUUAACACAAGGAUCCAGGCUGUUGCUUCCUCACAUCACUACUUUGCUGCACUACCUCAGCAACAUUGUCCGCAACACCGACAGGCUGAAAAAGAAGAAAUUCCGCCAGCAGGUGUCAAAGGAGUUAAACAUCCUCUCCAAAAUUAGUCGAUUCGUGAGUGACAAAGAACAGAGUUCCACUCUCAUCAAGCUGUUGCUGCCUUACUUGUUGAAAGGCAAAAACCCUCAGGAGACUGAACUCGACAUUCUAGCCACCGUGCAGAAUUUACUCCAACAAUGUGUGCAGCCCUCAGCUUUCCUGCAGCCACUCAGCAAACUAUUCAGCAUUAUCCACAACAAGCUGCCUAGGCAGGCCCUCACGAAUGUUUUUCAGACACUGUCAGACCUUGAUCCUUCCCUCACGUACAUCACCGAUAUGGCCACAAAGCUCAACGCCUUUGACAGUCGCCACCUGGACGAGAUUUACUUCGACGUUCGCCUGACGGCUUUCCAGGACGCCAGCAAGCGCGUGAGGGAGAUGGAGUCCUUGGACCUGGACUACAUCGGAACAGUCAUCCAUAACUGCUUCCAUACUUACGAGAUUGGCGAUAUGUCGCUAGGUGACAACGCCACCUUGUGUCUGGCGGCAAUAAUCGAGCAGCUGGCGGCGGUCGGCGCCGGAGAGAAGGUCUACAAAGAGGUCAUCCAACACACCAUCUUGGCUGCUGUACACAGAGGGCUUCGAAGCAAGAAGGAGAGUGUGCAACACGAAUACACCAACGUACUCGCCCAGCUGGUGAAGGUCUUCCCCUCCAAGAAAGAGUUCCGAGACAUGGUGCAACUCACCGACUACAAUGACCCCGAGUCGGACUUUUUCCAGCACAUGAAGCACAUCCAAAUCCACCGUCGAGGGCGAGCUCUCAGGAAGUUAGCCAAACAGCUAACCGAGGGCACCGUGGUGAUGUCGCCACGUUCGCUGCAGAAUUACAUCAUGCCGUACGCCUUGACGGCCCUGAUGGAUGACAAAUUGCUGAAGCAUGAGAACAUGACGACGGCGUGCGUGGACAUUGUGGGCGCUGUAUGUCUCCGCCUGACCUGGUCCAAGUACUUGUUCUACCUGAAGCAUUUCAUUCACAUCCUGCAGACCUCGCAGGCUGAGCAGAAACUGGCCGUGAGUUUGCUGGUCAAAGUUCUAGACGCGUUCCAUUUCGAUCACGAGACUCUCACCAAGGAGAUGGAAGCGGCUAAAGCACGAGAAGCUGCGAGCACAGUAACGGAUAUGGAGCAGGAAGAAGCGGCUGAAGAAUCCGAAGCAAGCGACGACGACGAGGCCAUGGAGAUCGACGGAGAGCUUCCCUCAAAAGCUGAAACGUCUGAUGAAAAAGUCAAGAAAGCGAAAAAAGCGCCCGCUCCCAAGCCCACCCCGGUUUCCCGUGGGUUACCGCAAAGCAGGGAAGAGCUAGAGUUGCUCAUCAGCACCAUUCAGGAGAGCGUCACUGGCGCCGUUUUGCCUCGGCUUCAUAAAUGUCUCAAUGCAAAGGUGAAACGUGAUGACGAGCACAAAGCUGUGAAAUCCAAGGAAGUCAAAGAAGAAGAAGUAGCACGCAUACCGAUAGCCUUCGCCAUGGUCAAACUCAUGCAGACUCUUCCACCGAACGUCAUGGAGGCAAACCUUCCCGGGAUCUUGAUUAAAGUGUGCAUUAUACUGAGGAACCGAUUCCAGGAGGUCCGCGACGUCGCGCGGGGAACGCUGGUGAAGAUCAUCGAGACGUUGGGCUUCCGUUACCUUCAGUACUUGCUAAAAGAAAUGCAAGGCGUGCUUGUUAAAGGCUAUCAGGUCCACGUUCUGACAUUUACAGUCUACCAGCUGCUGUCGGCUCUCAGUCCUACUCUAAAAAGCGGUGACCUCGACCCAUGCAUGAGCAUGCUCAUAGAUAUUUUCAACAACGAGCUGUUUGGCGCCAUCGCCGAGGAGAAGGAGGUGAAGGGCAUCGUGUCCAAAUUGAUGGAGGCGCGGCAUAGCAAGAGUAUGGAUUCCUAUCAGCUCUUGGCUCAGUUCUGCAGCAAGGAAAGCAUUACUAAGCUAGUUCUGCCGUUGAAGGAGAUUCUGGAGAACUCGUCAAGUCUUAAAGUGUGCAAUCGGGUCACCGCAAUUCUGCGGCGACUCGUUCUGGGUUUGCUGGUUAACACGGGAAUGCGCUCGUCUGAUAUUCUGCUGCUGAGUCAUGGUCUCAUCAGUCAGAGCUUGCCUCUGCUUACUAAAAAUGACAGGGCUUUAGCUUUAGCACAACCACCGCCGGACCCUCGACUACCCCCUCCUAGCUGCCUUCUCCUACCACCGACUCCCAAGAGGGGUGGCGUUAAAGCUCAGGUUAGCAGAAGAACCAACAUGCACAUCCUAGUGGAUGCAGGUCUUAAGCUACUCCAUUUGAGUCUAAAGAAAGGCAAAGUGACGUCAUCUGAAGAGUCUGCGCUUCAGAUGUUGGACCCUUUUGUGGCGCUCCUACUUGAAUGUCUCUCCUCCAUGCAUGUCAAGGUGAUCACAGAAGCUCUGUUGGCAUUCACGUGGGUGCUGAAGUUCCCUCUACCAAGCGUACAGAAGAAUAUCAGUAACCUGACCAAGCAGCUUUUCGUCCUGUUGAAGGAUUACUCCAAAGCUGGAGCGGCUCGUGGGGAGAACUACCACUUAGUCCAGAAUUGCUUCAAGACUAUCACGAUACUUGUGAAAAAUGUCAAGAACAGCAAAAUAUCUGAGAUCCAGCUUCAGGUGUUGCUCGGAUACGCAGAGGAGGACAUUUACGACCAGUCUCGACAAGCGACUGCUUUCGGCCUCCUAAAGGCAAUUUUAUCUCGGAAGCUCAUCGUUCCUGAGAUGAAACCGCUUAUGGGGAAAGUAGCCAAGCUGUCAAUCAACGGGAGUAACUCCAUGAUCCGAGUUCAUUGUAGACAGAUCUAUCUGAAGUACCUGCUGGACUAUCCUUUGGGGAAGAAGCUGCAGCAGCACUUGGACUUUAUUGUCGCGCAGCUAACAUACGAACACGAUACAGGCAGGGAGUCCGCGUUGGAGAUGCUCGCCUGCAUCUUCCAGACUUUCCCUCAGAAUUUACUGAAAAAGUACAGUAAGCUCUUCUUCGCCCCGCUGGCGUUAGCAGUGGUCAACGACGACUCUGCGCGCUGCAGGAAAAUGGCCGCCAUGGCGAUCAAGGAGCUCGUGGCUAAGCUGGACACGGACGAGCAGAACUCCCUGUUUUCUCUAGUUAGCAGUUGGUUGACUGAAGAGAAGGUGAGCCUGAGGCGUCUCGGCGCUCAGUUGUGCGGUUUAUUCGUGGAAGUCGAAGAGGAGAACUUUGGGAAGCGACUUGACGAUCUUUUGCCACUGUUGGAGAAGGAGCUCAACCCGGACAAUUACGAAGACAUUGAAGAAGAAGAAGACGAGCGCGCGGCAGACAGAUUAUUGUUCACGUACCUUAUGCUAAUCAGCAAAUUAAUCCAACACUGCAGACUACUUGAGCUCACGAAACCUCAUGAGACUCUGGAGCAAAUUUGGGGACACGUCGAGGAGCAUCUACGUUACCCUCACUGCUGGGUGUGGCUGACCGCGUCGCAGCUGUUCGGCCAGCUUUUCGCGGCCCACCAGCCAGAUGAGCUCGUAGCGGCGUGGAGAGGAGAUGAAGGCGGGAAAUCGCGAGUGGCUGUUGCUUUUAUUGCCAGCAAUUUGGACAAAAAGAUGAGAGAGCUGGCGUUAUCAUUCUGCCAUCAACUCCAGUCCAAAUUCUUGGACACGGCGUCCGGCGAGCAGGUGAUCAAAAACCUCCUAUUUGUCGGGAAGGUCAUUUACCUCCUUUCCCCGGAGUCGGACGUCGCCGACGCUGAUGAGGAAAUGGCGGAGGAGGAGGAGGAGAAUGCAGUUGAGGAGGAAAAAGAGGAUGAGAAACCACCAUCGUUGCUGUGGCUGAUAAACAAGCUGUCACUGAUGGCGAAAAGGGAGGCGGCAAACAGUCCUAAAAUUCCUCUCAAGAGAACUUGCGUAUUUAAAUUCCUCGGUGCCAUCGCCAUGGAUCUCGGCAAGGAGCGACUCGGCCCCUAUUUGACCACCAUCAUCGCUCCGCUCUACAGAGAACUGGACAGUACCUACGCGGAGCAAGAUCCGACCCUGAAGAACCUCGCUCAGGAGUUAAUAGAGCUGAUGAAGAAACAAGUAGGACUGGAAAAGUUCUCGCUUGCGUUCUCGGCAGUACAGAAGCAGUUCGCGACAAGGCGGGCGGCGCGCAAGCGACACCGAGCCACGCAGGCGGUGACAAAUCCCGACAUUGCGGCUAAGAAGAAACUAAAGAAGCACCUCAAUAAAAUCGAGGCCAGAAAACGCAAGAUCGAGCUGCUUCGGCCUGGCUAUAAAGCUAAGAAACACCGCAGCCACGCACUCAAAGACCUGGCCAUGGUGCAGUGA